AUGUCUGCGAAGGUGGAGGCUGGAAACAGGCUUGCGAGAUGGGCCAUUCACAUGAUCCGGCUCUGUUCGCAACACGGAGAUGAGGUCGAGAUGGGCGCCUUUGUGGCUGGCGACGUACCCUUUGCCACUUUAAAGGCCACCCAGAAGGAAGUGGAUACAUUCGUGGAGGUGGCCGCCAGGGGCAAGGUGGAGGAGGCUGAGAGGAUCCUCCAGCUGCCCCAGAAUCCCGACAAAGUCGAGUCUUCAGGCAUCUUCACGCCAUUGCUCGAAGCGUCACGCCUCGGCCAUGUGGAGAUGGUUCGCCUGCUGCUCGAGGCGGGAGCGAACAAGAACCUCGGCCUCGUGAAUGGCACGCCCUUGGCCGUGGCGGCUCGACAAGGACACCAGGAGGUGGUCCGCGUGCUGCUCAAGGCCGGCGCGUGGGUAGACGAGGCCUCUGCGGGCUUCCCGCCCCUCUUCCUGGCGGCAGCAGCCAACCAGGCACCUAUCGUGCGUCAGCUUCUGAAGGCGCGCGCAGACAAAGACAUGAAAACCGCCAACGGCAAUGCCCUUGGCGCUGCGUCGAGCUUGGGACACACCGAGGUGGUCCGCGCGCUCAUUGAGGCCGGAGCUGUGACGCCCAAGGGCCUCACGGACUCGAACAUGCUCUUCAUCGUGGCCUUCAAAGGCCACCUUGACGUGAUGCGGCUGCUCAUGGAGAACCGGAUUGAAAGGGAUCGCCCUGUGAGCAAGAGAGAUCACCUUGCAAUGGCGACCACUUUGUUCGCCAACGGCAAUCGCCUCUUCGCGAUGUGGAUCAUCAUGCCUGCUUGCACGCUGAGCUCCGUCUCCGACGAUGGAUCCGGGACCCUGUGGAAGAAGAUCCUACUGGCAGGCGCCGUGGUUCUGAGCAUCGUGGCACUCUUGAUGCUCGGUGGACCGGAUGUGCAGAAGGAGAUCCGGGGCAAAUGGGCGGCCUUCUUCGAGUGGAAGUACCUCUGCCUGUGCUACAUCCGGCAUUACAUCAUGAAGUACUAG